AUGCCGAGGAGAAUGAAAAGACUCAAUAGGCUUCCACGAGUAGUACUCAAUUGGAAACAUUAUUUAAGGUUAUGUACGAAAACCAAGAAUGAGGAACUCAUAGAAAGGCAAACCAAAAACGAUACUCUGUUGGAUAUUUUGUGUACAAGUGACCCGUUACCCAAAAUGGAUGAGUAUUGUCCAACUCCCGUGCGAGUACGAGUCAAGAAGAAUGUUGGUUCUUUAGGCUUUGUACAACACUGGAAAAAGAGACGUUCUGUUUAUGUUCAAGAUGAUAGAGCAAGCUUGGAAUGGUUGCAAUACCCCGUGAUGCCAGAGUUGGAUGUCUCCAACUAUGUGGAAGGUAGUUAUCAAGAAGCUAGUGUACCGUUGGAAAGAAGAAUCAACUACAAGAAGCAAUCGUUUGAAAGAGACCUUUCUUUACUUGCUGUUCGUUGGUUUCAACGUAGACGAGGUACAGAAUUGAAAAGACAGUUUUAUCGCCAUCGACAUACCAUAUAUGCUUCUUGUUGUCUUGGACAAGAUUCGAAAGAACUGAAGAAAGAGUGGCUUGAAAGAUUGAAUAUUCCAGAAUCCGCUUUUGAACGUUUAUCUUUCGAAGAAAGGAAGGAUUGGUUUUCUUCAGAAGUGUGUCGACGACUUUUUACCAAGAGAUAUUCAGUCACUGUGGCUACUCAACAUGCAAACAUUUUAGCUCGUCGUUUGCGUUUGGAAGUGGCAAAAUUGGGAAAUAUUGUCGUCUUGUAUGAGAAUACUUUGCUUGAUGGUUCUAUGGAAAGGAGAGGAUUGGAAUGGGGAGGUAAUAUAUUUGGCAUAGGAAAAGGUGCUCAAGAUGUAAUCAUAUUAGACGAUAAUUACUUUUCAGAUAAUUGUAUCCACAGUCUGUUGGAGUUUGCCAUUCGUUCUGUGGCAGAUUAUGGCCUGUUGUGUGUUCAUGUCAAUCUUCCAAAACUUUCAGAGGAAUGGCAGUCCGUUCCAUUUGCGGCAGAAUUUCAACUUCGACAGUUUUUAGAUGAGUUGGUAAAGUCUGCAUUUGUUCAUCAAGCUUAUUUGGAACCUGUAUUCUCUUGUAUGUUGGAAGGGACACGUGCUCAUAUAUGGCUUAGGGUUCGAAAGGAUUUAUAUGGUCAACAAGGUUGGACUAGAAGAAGUGGUUUGCUUUAUUAUUGUCCCCAUUGUUAUUCGUACUGGAUCCGAGCUCUUGAAUGUACACCUGCAGAAAGACAAGAUUAUUACGGUUCACAAAAUAAGUGGAGUAAGUUGUGUGAAUAUUGUGGCACAUCUCCUUGGCAUUUUGGAGGAACUGUAUAUUUGGAAGGUUUGUGUCAGACUCGUGAGUCAAGUAGAAUACUACACGAACUUAUUGUUCCUGUUUCGCGCAGUCUGAAUGGACACAAAGCAACUCUUACUUUGGCCAAUGCAGCGGAUAUGGAAAUAUAGAAAAGAUGAAUGCAUUGUUUCAAAUUCACAGUCCUGGAACAGAGUUGUUGUAU